UCGCUGGAUAGAGCGAGAGCCACAGAGAGCGCGCCGGAUUCUCAGCCUUACUUACCGAAAAGCCUUUCUGCCCAACCGCCACCUCCCUUUCCCACUAACGUAUUCUCUAUACCCCGGAAACCCUGGACAUUUUUCCUCCCUCCUUAUAGUUUUCUCUUCGGCUUUCAUUCAGUCGCAAUCUGAACAACUGGUUUACGCACUGCUGCUUAUUUUGGAUUGGUCUGACACACGAGGGGCCGUGGAUGAGCUGCUUUAGCCAAAACCGGAGAUGGAAGUGCUGAUAAUAUGUAUUUCCUUUUGGAUAUUGCAAUGCAAUUCAGUGGCAAGCGCGGACUCUAUCAUUCACAUCGGUGCCAUAUUCGAGGAGAACGCAGUGAGGGAUGACGAGGUUUUCCAGCUGGCGAUCUCAGACCUCAGUCUCAACGACGACAUUUUGCAGAGCGAGAAAAUCACACAUUCCAUAAAACUUGUCGAGGUUAACAACCCUUUCCAGGCGGUCCAGGAAGCCUGCGAGUUGAUGACCCAGGGCAUCCUGGCUCUGGUCACCUCUACCGGCUGUGCCUCGGCCAGCGCCCUCCAAUCCCUGACUGACGCAAUGCACAUCCCACACGUGUAUGUCCAGCGCAGUGGCGAGGGCUCGCCACGCACCACCUGCCAGCUCAACCCCAGCCCCGACGGCCAACGCUACACCCUGGCGGCACGCCCGCCCGUCCGUCUCAACGACGUCAUGCUCACCCUGGUCGGCGAGCUGCGCUGGCAGAAGUUCAUCGUCUUCUAUGACAACGAGUAUGAUAUCCGCGGCCUACAGGGUUUCCUGGACCAGACGUCUCGGCAGGGGCUGGACGUAUCUCUACAGAGAGUGGACAGGAACAUCAGUAAGGUCUUCUCGAACCUCUUCAACACCAUGAGGACAGAGGAGCUCAACCGCUACAGGGACACACUGAGACGGGCCAUCCUACUGCUCAGCCCCCGAGGAGCUCAGGUCUUCAUCCAACAGGCUGUUGAAACCAACCUGGCUUCCAAGGACAGUCACUGGGUAUUUGUCAAUGAGGAGAUCAGUGACACUGAGAUCAUGGAGCUGGCCCACAGUGCAUUGGGGCGGAUGACAGUGAUUCGUCAGAUCUUCCCGCUGUGGAGGGACAGCAGCGUGCGCUGCAUGAGGAACAACCACCGCAUCUCCUCCUUACUCUGUGACCCCCAGGAAGGAUACUUACAGUCACUUGAGGUGUCCAACUUGUACCUGUAUGAUAGUGUGCUGGCACUGGCUAACGCCUUCCAGAGGAAAUUGGUGGACAGGAAGUGGCACAGCAUGGCCAGUCUGAACUGCAUCAAGAAGUCCACCAAGCCUUGGAAUGGAGGCUGGUCCAUGCUGGAGAACAUCCAGAUGGGACAUAUCACAGGCCUUACAGGAACGAUGGAUUUCAAAGCGAACGGAUCCAAUUCUCACGUCCAGUUUGAAAUACUGGGCACCAGCUUCAGUGAGACGUUUGGAAAAGACGUGAAAAGGCUGGCUACAUGGGACUCAGUCCAUGGUCUAAAUGGAAGCCUGAAAGAGAGUCGCAUUGAGAACGGCAUGCAAGGAGUGACGGUCAAAGUAGUAACACUACUGGAGGAUCCAUUUGUCAUGGUUGCUGAAAACAUCCUUGGUCAGCCUAAGCGGUACAAAGGAUUCUCCAUCGAUGUGCUCGACGCCUUGGCCAAGAUCCUGGGCUUCAAGUACGAGAUCUACCAGGUGGCGGACAGCAAGUACGGCUCGCAGCUGCCCAACGGCUCCUGGAAUGGAAUGAUCGGCGAGCUCAUAAACAAGAGGGCUGACCUGGCCAUGUCUGCUAUUACUAUCACUCCGGAGCGGGAAAGCGUGGUGGACUUCAGUAAGCGCUACAUGGACUACUCAGUGGGGAUCCUGCUGAAGAAACCGGAGGAGAAGAUCAACAUCUUCUCGCUGUUCGCUCCGUUUGACCUGGCCGUGUGGGGGUGUAUCGCUGCAGCCAUCCCCGUGGUUGGAGUUCUCAUUUUCCUGCUGAGCAGGAUGCAGUCACUGAGGACCCAGAAUCCUCCAGUGCCACACCAGCAGCCCGCCAACCAGGCGUCCAACUCCCUGCACAGUGCUAUCUGGAUAGUCUAUGGAGCCUUUGUACAGCAAGGAGGGGAUAGCGUGGUGAGCUCUGUGGCCCUGAGGAUCGUCAUGGGCAGCUGGUGGCUCUUCACCCUCAUUGUAUGUUCCUCCUACACGGCCAACCUGGCAGCCUACCUCACCGUCUCCCGCAUGGACACCACCGUACGGACAUUCCAGGACCUGUCCAGGCAGAUGGACGUGUCCUACGGCACCGUGAGAGACUCAGCCGUCUACGACUACUUCAAGAACAAGGGGACCAACCCUCUGGAGCAGGACAGCACAUUCGCAGAGCUGUGGAGGACCAUCAGUAAGAACAACGGCCAUGAUUACUCUGUGUCCAGUCCCUCAGAGGGCAUCCGCAAGGCGAAGAAGGGCCCGUAUGCCUUCCUGUGGGACAUGGCUGUGGUGGAGUAUGCCGCGCUGACGGACGAUGACUGCACCAUCACCGUCACAGGAAACAGCAUGAGCAGCAAAGGCUACGGCAUCGCCAUGCAGCAUGGGAGUCCCUACAGAGACCUCUUCUCCCAGAAGAUCCUGGAGCUGCAGGAGAAAGGAGACCUGGACAUCCUGAAGCAGAAGUGGUGGCCUCGUAUGGGCCGCUGCGACCUCAACAGCCAUUCCAACGCCACGCCCGACGGGCGGUCCCUGAAACUACACAGCUUCGCAGGGGUUUUCUGCGUCCUGGCUGCAGGACUGCUGCUGGCCUGCCUGGUUGCUGGCCUGGAGAUGUGGUGGAACAGCAACCGCUGCGGUCAAGAGCAGCCCAAAGAGGUUACUAAGGAUUACAGACUGGCAAGGGUUUCUGGUCCAUUGACAUAUAAUGAGAUUACCACUGCUUCAUCGGAAGGGAGGAAGGACAUUUGGACAGAGAGAGAAAGAGACUGGGAUGAAGCAGAAGCUAUUGACACAGGACAAGGAGGUGAAUCUGGAACAGGUGCAUCGGCGUAUGAACAGUCUUAUGGACGAGGACAUGGCGCACAAGCAGAUCCCCGGCCCGUCUAUCGAGAUCUCUGCGCUGGACAUCGGCAGCAUGCAGCCCAGCCAGCAGCUGGAGUCUGUGCGGGACUACCCGGGCACGGGCCUGUCUGUGAGCGCCUAUCUCCCAGGGGAGGGUCAUGGGGGGGGCCUGGGUCGGACACUAGCUCAGGGCCCUGGCAGCACCCUCCCCCACCACCCCCUCAGCAGCUCCACCAUCCCCUCCAUUCAGUGCAAACACAGAGCUCCCAACGGGGGCCUGUUCCGACAGAGUCCCGCCAAGACGCCCAUGCCAAUGUCAUAUCAGGGAGUUCCCGGAGGACCCAUCCCAGAAGCCAUUGAGUCCACCCACAGUACAUCCAUCUAAUGGUGCCAUCUCAAUGUCACAUGUCCUUCCCCUCACCUGAUAUUCUGGGGGAUUGUUGAAAAAUAUAUGAAGAAAAAAAAUAUGAAAAGUCUACAAACGAGAAAAAUAAGAGAUUUUUAUUACCUGUUGAACAACCAACGUCGUCGAAAGAACAGAAAAUUUUACUUGUAUAUAUUUGUAAAUACUGAGAGAACGAAGUGAAGUAAAAGUGUAUUUUGAAUAUUCUCAAUUUUUGAAGUUGAGUUACAAAUAAAAAAAACAAGAUAAAAAAUGAUAUUAAAAAAACGACUGUUUGAAUGGCUUUGUAAAUUUUGUUCUAUAUGAAUAAUGACGCAAAUUCAUUGUGAUUGUUUUCUAAGUGCCGAAAUAAAAGAUGUCUCUCCACAGUUCAUUCUUAGAUGGCCAUGCACCAUAGAGACAUAAUGUAGAACACCAACUGUUAUGUACCACUGUAACAACAACCAUAUCUAUAGAGCAGUAUCAGAGGAGAAUAUUCCCAAUAGAGGGAUUCAUUUUGUUUGUAAGGCAUAUACAUUUUUCAAGGUGUUUUUGUUUUCCUACUUUAAAGUCUUAGAGAAUCAUUGAUAAAGACUGGAACUGAAGUAAUUGUCCCCUAUGAGUUCUACAUAUUUUUGAAAUGGAAGGUAUUUCAUAGAGCUCAAUUUCAGCCCUAUGUUGUCAAAGACAUAGGGAGAUUUAGUGUCAGUCAGCUCCCAACACCAAACAAAGCUGGUACAAAAGGGUGCCGUGUACAGCGUAACAUCAGUCAAACGUCUCACGUUGCUAAGGCCAGACCUUAGAGUUAGGCUUACGUUAGGAGAAUGUUCAAAGGAAAUGUCUUGACUGAAUCAUGUCCCUGACGAUGUAUACCAUAUGUUUCCUUAGUUGUGUGGGAGGGAUGUUUAAAACAGAAAAAUGUUAUUUUUAACAACAAAAAAAGCUCAUUCGAUAAAUCUGUGUUCAUUUUUUACUGAAGGAUUUAUUGUUGAAAAGUUGUAUACAGUUUGUCUCCUUUCAGAGUAGUUAAGUCAUUUCAACUGCAGAUGGAGAAAAGUAGAUAUAUAAUAUUGUAAUGUCUCAUGUUUAUAAUUUGUAAUGGAGUAAUUAUCACCACGGUAGAUGGAAGAUAAAGGAGUGAUAUAAAAAUUUGAAACUAUUACAGUGUAAUAGCAGUACAGGUGACAUAUCCUACUGUCUAAAUGCUGAUGGAACUCUGUUCAUAAAAUUAACAGAAUUUCCCCAUCGAUUAACCUGUGCACUUUGCAGGGCAGCAGUUCAUAUUACAUUUACAACUAAGGAUGAACUGCGAAACUUUACCAAGACUUUCGUAAGUGCAAUUAAAAUGCAAGUAUGUCCUGCAGUAUAUUUUCUGUUUAUGUCCUUUAGCCUAUCAUACGGAAGAACUCAUUGCCAGGAAGUGAGAUAGUGAAUGUCAGUGGUUACUGUUCAUAUGCACAACACAUUGUGUACCAGGAAUACUGAUACCUGAUCUAUACACAUACCAAUAAAAAGGUUUGUCCUCACCUCUUGGAAAAUGUGACAAAUCACCCCUCAGAGCCAUUGAAGGAAAGCAAAGAACGAGAAAGAAGUGAUGUCAUGAGAAUAAACCGAAAUAUCAUCCCGCAAAAGUGUUUUGCGUCACCCGUUUUCCCGCUCUUGGUUUUCAAACAAAAUUGGAGAGGUUGUAAGCCUGUAUAUGUUGUACAAGUAGAUACUAAUGUGAACCAAAGUGAUCUCAUUUUACACUGUGUUCUGCAUACAACCUGUGCCAAUGAUCCGCUAACAGUGGUGAAAGGGAAGUUCCACACUACUGUAAGGGUUGAGAGUGUUUCACUGCCUUACUGUGUACCCCCGUUACUGUAUCAAUGCCCACGCCACAAGAUUCAAGAAAAAAAUGUUUAAAAAAAAAAGCUCUCAUAUCAUCCAGUCUGUAACAGUACAUCAACGGAGACUCAUUUAAUUUAUGAAUAUGCUGCUUGGAGUUUCUUAAUCUUUAAUAAAGAAAUUUGGUUUACA